AUGCAUUUAAGGGUUAAAGUGAUUUCACCUCUUGAAUCUCAACCGAGGGUGAACAAUGCUGAAUUUUGUCAAUCAGAAUCCCCCAUCAGGUUAACUUAUAAAGAAAUAAAAGAUGCAAUUAAAAAUAUGAAGAGAGGUAAAUCUCCAGGACACGAUGGACUCAGCAUCGAGCACCUUCAAAAUGCUGGUAUACAUCUGCCAGGAGUGUUGACAAUGUUCUUCAAUCUCUGUACAGGACACUCUUACCUACCACAUAUGUUGGACACAAUAGUUGUACCUAUUAUAAAAAACAGGACGGGGAACAUAGCGGACAAGGGCAAUUAUCGGACUAUUUCACUGGCAACUGUGAUAGCCAAAGUAUUUGACAGCGUGCUUGACUCUCGUCUCGGUGGAUACACACAACUGAGAGUGCCAUUUUUGCACUGA